CUUCAGCUUUCAUCUUUCUGAUUUUCGUCUGCAAGGUUCGCAGCAACGAAUUUUUUUUUGAUAACGAGCCCAUUUCUAAAGUAAUUAAUAAUGGGUAUCGGAGAAUAUCCAGCGGAGUACAAUCCAUCAAUUCAUGGACCCUACGAUCCAGCUAGGUUUUAUGGCAAACCGGAUACUCCUUUCGGUCAACUAAAAUUGAGUGAAGUCAAUGCUUGGAUCGGUCGUCGCAAUAAAACUCCCACUGCUGUUGCUCAUGCAGUUUCAAGAGCUUGGUGGCGUUGGCAGCAUAAAUAUAUUCAUCCCAGAAAUGCCAUUUUCGUCGGACCCAUGCAAUUGAUUUUCGGUGGGAUGGUUUUCUUUUACUAUCUUAAUUACGGAAAGAUCAAGCACCACAAGAACUACAAGUACCACUAAAAUUCAACAGCGAUUGUCUCGCAUACAUAGAACACUUCUGAAUUCGGAGAAAUAUGUUAUUGCUACUGUAUAUCGAAUAAGCUUGAGUCGAAAUAGAAAAAUUGUAUCAAGAUAUUCAUUGAAAAAUUAAAAAAAUGUC